AUGGAGGCUUGGGCCCAGAACUCCAGGCAGGGAGGCAUCCCCAAGGCAGAUCUCCAGGGAGCCGACAGGGGCCAGGAGGAGAGGCCCAAGAUGGCGUGGAGGCCCGUGGCAGAGGACCCGGCCAAGAGACACCCCUCUCAGGAGGGAGACUACAUGGGGACAGCAGGUGGCAAGACGGCUCCCCAAGGCAGGGACUCCUGGAGCUGGGGCCUUGGUAUGAGCCCCAGUCCAGGGACCCGCCAGAGUGCAGGAGCAGGACCCCUGGUAAAAGAACCAUGUGGCCCUACCUCCUCUCAGGACCCCGACCUAGUCAUUCCCCAGAGGCCACAUGCUGGGGAGGGCCCCUGUUGGUGCCCAGUCAAUGCCAGGGCCUCCAGCUGUAGCUGCUGCCUGGCACAGCAUCACAGAACACCCCCAGAGGAGAAGCCCCUGGUGUGUGAUCACUGUGGAGGCCAGCUGCUGUGCUGGUGCUGCCCCAGGACCCAGCUGUGCCAGGUCCACACAGAGGAGGGGUCGCAGGAACAGCGCAUAGGCACCCAGACGCUUCCAAAGACGCUGCAAGUGACCCUCUUUCAGCAGAAGCCCCUGAAGGAGCUGCCCCAGGCCUGCCGUUGCCGCGAGGGCUUGACCUGGACGGCCCUGCCCUGGACGGCCCUGCCCUGGACGGCCCUGCCGGACGCGCAGGAAACGUGUGGCCGGUGUGGCGAGCGCCUUGGCUCCGACAAGCAGCCGCAGGUGGCCGAGGGCCCCUUAAUGUGUCCUCAGUGUGGUCAGGCCUCGGGUCCCGGCUGCGGCGCCCCCGACCCCCUGGCGCAAAGGCCCUACGUCUGCGACCAGUGCGGCAAGGCCUUCGCACGCACCUCUAGCCUGCUGCAGCACGAGCGCAUCCACACCGGCGAGUGACCCUAUGAGUGUGCCCAGUGUGGCAAGGCCUUCGUGCGCUGCUCUGGCCUCCACCGCCACCAGAAGACCCACUCGGCCGAGCACCACCGCCACAGCCGGGCCCUGGCCCGGAGGUCCUGCCUCUUAGGGUGCCCGCCCUGUGGGGACUGUGGCGAGGGGACCCGGGGGCCUCCACGGGUGCCCGUUGCCGGGCAGAAGCCAUACGAGUGCGCAGAGUGCGCCAAGGCCUUUGCCCUGUUGUCACACCUCGUGGAGCACCGGCUCGUGCACACUGGCGAGAAGCCCUACGCGUGCCCGGAGUGCGGCAAGGCCUUCAAGCAGCGCUUGAACCUGAGUCGCCAUCGGCGCACACACAGCAGCGCCAGGCCCUACGCCUGCCGGCUGUGCGACAAAGCCUUCAAGGGCCGCUCGGGCCUGCUGCAGCACCGGCGCGCGCACACCGGCGAGCGGCCCUACAGCUGCCCCGAGCGCGGCAAGACCUUCCGCGGCUGCUCCGGGCUGCGCCAGCACGAGCGCCUGCACUCGGGCGAGGAGCCCUACAUCCGCCGAGACCGCCGCAGGGCCUUCGUGCGCAACUGCAGCCUGGUCCGCCACCGGCGCACGCACACGGGCGAGCGGCCCUACGCGUGCGCCGAGUGCGGCCGCGCCUUCAGCCAGCGCUCCAAGCUCAACGAGCACCGCAGGCGGCACGCGGGCCGCGCCGCCUCCUGA